ACGGUUCUGUUCCACCACGCCACAUUCUUACGUAUACAGUCAAUACGGAACUGUUGCCUGCUGCCUACUACAACUACAGUAUCCAUACAGUUAUUGACAGUAUCGCGUUUGCAAUCCCAACUUCCUCUUGCUCUCUCUGACAGUGUGAUGUUUGGCAAUAGUGGGCAUGUGUUAUAGCUGCCUGCAAAGUAGGCUAGACGUCAAAUUCAUCUAGAGCUCUGAAGAUUGGCGAUAUCAUGGAAGAAACAGGGGCCCUUAUCCGCAAAAGAAGAGCCACUAUAUCCACUGGAAAAUGUGUUACUUUGAAACAAGUGAAUGGGCGGUCAGCGGUUGAUGAAAGUAUUAACGGCCACGGUGGCAGCGGCAACAUGGUAACGACGCGAAAUGUGUCCGAUUUGCCUUCUACCACGUCAAAAGAAAGGAAGAAACGAGUAUAUGUUCCUAGUGAUAGACAGAGUUGCCACAGGUUGCAGGAGUCCCUGCUGAGCUCUGCCAGUGGUUACAGAAACUACAGAGGUGUCCUCAACUGGUGUGUUGUCAUGCUGGUCUUAAGCAAUGCCCGUCUGUUCUUGGAAAACCUUUUAAAGUAUGGUAUUCUAGUGGACCCAAUACAAGUGGUUUCUCUAUUCAUAAAGGACCCCUACAACAUGCCUGCAGCGUGCCUUGUUAUCGUGUCCAACGUGUUUAUAGUGGCAGCUUUGUACACAGAGCGAAGGCUCUCAGUGGGCUGCUUCAGUGAACGUGUUGGGCUGCUGGUUCAUUCCAUUAACCUGUCAGUCACACUGUGCUUCCCGGUGGCUAUCGUACUAAUGGUGAAGUCCAUGACUCCAGUGGGUGGAGCGUCUGCUCUGGGAGUGUACACCGUCCUCUUCCUGAAGCUCUACUCCUACAAAGAUGUGAACAAGUGGUGUAGAGAGAUGAGCCACGCUAAAGCCCGUAGCCUGGCCCGCUCCCUCUCAUGUAAGUCCUCAGUCUCCACAGGAAGUGGAGGGGACUAUCAGGUCUCCUAUCCUGGAAAUCUCACCCUCAGAGAUUUGUAUUAUUUUGUUUUUGCACCAACCCUCUGCUAUGAAUUAAACUUCCCCCGGUCUCCACGGAUUCGAAUGAGCUUCCUGCUAAGGAGGCUUUUUGAAAUGCUGUUCUUCACCCAGUUAUUGGUGGCAUUAACACAGCAGUGGAUGAUACCCAUUAUUCAGAGUUCUAUGAAGCCAUUGGAGGAUAUGGACCUCCCUAUGAUGAUGGAGCGUCUACUCAGACUAGCCGUGCCCAAUCAUCUUCUCUGGUUGAUAUUCUUCUACUGGUUCUUCCACUCGUCCUUGAACUUUAUUGCUGAGCUCCUGCAAUUUGGAGACCGGGAGUUUUACAGAGACUGGUGGAACUCUGAGACCAUCACAUACUUUUGGCAAAACUGGAAUAUUCCAGUACACAAGUGGUGCCUUCGCCACUUCUACAAGCCCCUGCUGAAGAGUGGAGUCAGUAAGUGGCUCGGCCAAUCAGCAGUGUUCCUGGCUUCAGCCUUCUUUCAUGAG